UACCAGUUUAGUACGAAGCCGAGAGCAGCUAGAGAUCGGUCGUGUGUUCAUGUGUCGGGUCUCUCUCCACCUUUUUUUUAAACCAGAAAGAGACACUGAGGAGAGAGAGAAAGAGAAAAAUACCUUUGCAUUUAAGUCUCGAGGGGUGUGUGUGUGCGAUUCUCCGCUUGUCCACCCCAUAGAACAUCGCAUUUCCGGAUUAUCAGGCUAUCGCCAUCUUUUUUUUUUCCGCGUGGGAUAUUUGAUUGUGUUUCAUUGAGUGUGUGUGUGUCUUCAGUUACCCCAGUUGGAAUUCAGUUUGUGGCUGAUGCCCACGUUUCCUAUAAGUUUAUCCCUACCUGGAAACUGACAAUAUUAAGCCGGCGGCUGCGUUCGAUUUCAGACGCAACAGAUAUGAGGCCGUUAUCGCCAUCGACCGGACCGUAUGGCACGGAUUAUUGAGCCAUCCUUUUCGUACUGAGACAGUGCCCACGACUUCGUUCACUACCUGGUGUGUGCGUGUGUCGACUAUAAAAGAAACGGAGAAAAAAAAAGUGUGUUGAUUAUCAACGAGGCGGGUCGAAUUAUCGUGACUGUGAUUACUAUCGUUUUGACAUGAAGAAAAUGCGUUGUUGUUCAGUGACGGCGGUGGCGCUGCUGCUGUUGAUUUCAAACGUUUUGGCCGAUGGUUCCAACGAGUCGCAUCACGUGACUGUGAGGCAAGCGACUGGCGGCGGUCGAAGUAACCGCGUGACGGAUACCUUUGUAACACCCAGUCAACAGGAAUUGGAGCGAACAGGGUCUCCUCGAUCGAACGCUAAUAAGCGCGUGGAGAACAAGUACCGACCCGUUUUCUACAAAUGCGAAUCUGCCGCUUUGGAAGAAGGCAAACCACCUGGAACGGUUGUCUCCGAAGUCAAAGCGUACGACAACGACACCGAUUCGGCUGGUGAUAUCUUUUUUACCAUCUUGCGUGCUGGAUCGGAAAAAGAAUUCGAAGUCGAUCCCGUUACGGGUAGCAUUCGGAGCAGCAAGUCGUUCGAUCGAGACGAGCCGGCCCGAGAGAAAAUUGCCUACGUCACAGUCAAAGCCACAGACAGAGGCACUCCGCCGCUCGAGGCCAUUUGUACUUUCAACGUGACUAUAGGAGAUAUUAACGAUAAUGCCCCCAUGUUUGACAAAUCGGCUUAUGAUGAAUCGGUUCCGCGUGAUUUGGAAAUUAACAAGCUGGUCAUGCGUAUAGCCGCCACUGAUGUGGACGCGGGCGAAAACGCCCGCAUUUCAUACGGAUGGGAUGCCGGAUCCGGGCCAGAUGCCGACUAUUUUGACCUCGAUAAAUCCACUGGAGCUAUUCAUCUGAAAAAGAAAAUCACGCAAAACGAAGGCUACAAGUUUGCGUUGAUGGCCGUAGCUCGUGACAACGGAUCGGAACCGAUGAGUUCUCGAGUCCGAGUCAUGAUUAACGUGGCUUCUUCAAAAAUCAAGCCGCCAUUUUUCACUGAUAUACCUGAACCGGUGAGUUUGCCGGAAAACUACACGUCGUACAAGACCCCGAUCGCCACGCUAGCUGCCCAUUCCAAUAUUGCCGCACCCGAUCUCUACUUCGAGCUGGUCAAGGGACAAACGGAACAGACCAAUAGCGAUGAAACAUUCCGUAUCAACGAACGCGGCAAUUCGGUCGAUAUUCACGCAGCAAAAGCGCUCGACUACGAAAAAGUCACGCAAUACAUCCUGACUGUCCGCGUCAAAAACGAGGCUGGCGUGGCCGCUGAAACUGUGCUCACCGUCAGCGUCGAGGACGUAAAUGACGAAAUCCCGACUUUCAUGGCCGUCGACGGUGGCAGCGUGCUGGAGAAUUCGGUAGCCAAUACGUUUGUGCUGAAAGUGCAAGCCACUGACAGAGACGCCACCUACCCCAACAAUUGGGUGAGGUACGAGCUGCGCGAUUUUAAGGAUAAAUUCGAAAUCGAUCGCAACACGGGCGACAUCCGCACCAAAGUUAAACUGGAUCGUGAAGAGCGCAAAUCAUAUCCGUUGACUGUCGUUGCCUACGAUGGCAGAGAGUCGGCCUUGACGUUGGACGGAUUGCCCAAUCAGAGCGCCAAGAGGUUCCAGAUCGAAGUGGCUGACGUCAACGAUAACGCGCCUUUCUUCCCGCAAUCCGAGUACUUUGCCGAAAUCGCUGAGAACGCCGACAUCGGAGCCAAAGUCAGCGAAUUGACAGCGUUGGAUAACGACACGGAGUCUCAGCUGACUUACGAUAUCGUCAGCGGCAACGCUGGACUAGUCUUCUCCAUCGAAGCGCAAACGGGUCUACUCAAAGUCCAGCAACCGCUCGACUACGAGACAACGAAGAGCUACGAUUUGAUUGUCGAAGUGGACGAUGGCAAACAAAAGGCCACCACCAAGGUUAACGUCAAGAUUAUUAACGUCAACGACAACAAACCGCAAUUCAUGAACAACAAUCCGGAGCAUAAAUACGGCAUUGUUGAGAACACUGUGCCCAAUGGGCCCAUCGUCCGCGUGAACGCCACUGACCCUGAUUACGACCCACUAACGGCCGAGGGGCCCAUGAAAAUCACCUACACGCUCAGCGGGUCUCAUGCCGAUUCGUUUCAAAUCAAUCAGUUGGGAGAGCUGUCCAUCGUUCGUCCAUUGGAUCGCGAUUUGCCUGCCGGCCGUCGAGACUGGUCUGUCUUCGUCGUUGCUCAAGAUGAAUUAGAUGGCGUCCGCUUGGAAAACACGUUGGAAGUUGUCGUUUUCUUGGACGAUAUCAACGACAACGCUCCCUUCCUGGACAUGACCCGUGUUGUCUGGCGUGAAAAUCAACCACAAGGACGGAUCGUCCAGCUGAAUGCCAGUGACUACGACGAACCGAAGAACGGCCCUCCCUUCACCAUGAAAAUGGCCGAUACGGCCGAAGACGUUGUCAAAACGGCUUUCCGUAUUGAGGGAUCCCCAACUUCUUCCUGGUCGUUGAUGGCCACGAGAACGUUUGAUCGUGAAGAACGGAAGGAAUAUGCCGUGCCGAUUGUCAUUAGUGACAGCGGCCAGCCGGCUUCCUUGACCGCCACGUCGACACUGACGGUAGUGAUUGGAGACGAAAACGACAACCCCAUGUCUGACGGUUCCAGUUCUAUCCUCGUCUACAAUUAUCGUAACUCGCUGCCCGAUACGGAAAUCGGUCGAGUCUUUGUCCAGGAUGCCGAUGAUUGGGAUUUGCCGGACAAAACAUUUGCCUGGUCGUCCAACGCUAUUCCGCCUCCGUAUUUCACAGUCACGGCAUUCGGUGGUUUCAUCACGAUGCGUACCCGCACGCCACCCGGCGUCUACCCACUCAAAUUCCACGUACGCGACAAUGUGCGUCAGGAGGAAGCUGACGCCACGGUUACCGUCACGGUCCAAGAGAUUACCGAGGAGGCGGUCCGGCGUUCCGGUUCGAUCCGGUUGAGCGGCGUUGACCAGGAAGAAUUCAUUAAAGACACACCCAGCAAGAAGGACCUGCUGCGCCAGAAGGUGGCUGAAUACGUUGGCGCCCUAGAAGAGAACGUCGAUGUCUUUACGGUCAUGAGCAGCUCGCCUUCACGCAACCACAGCGUCGAUGUCCGGUAUUCCGCUCACGGUUCUCCUUAUUACGACCCGGUGAAGCUCAAUGGCUUGACGGCCGCCCAUCAAGCCGAAUUGGAGCGUUUGCUGGACGCUGAAGUUCUCAUGUUUGGCAUUGAUGAGUGUCUGUAUGAGAAGAAUCCCGUCUGCUCCGAAGGUAGCUGCUCUAAUCGACUGGUCAUCUCAGACCAACAGCCCUACCGCGUGGCCACCAAUACGUCCACUUUCGUCGGUGUCGACGCUCGAAUUGUCCCGGAAUGCGUCUGCUUGGCCGACGAGUACCUUUCGUCCUCGUCUUGUUCGGCUACCUCGUGUCUCAAUGGUGGAACAUGCACUGGAGACGCUUCGCGCCCUUGUCGCUGCCCCGACGGAUUCCAGGGACCGAGAUGCGAAGGACUCGAUGUUUCUUUCGGUGGAACUGGUUGGGCCUGGUACGAUCCUCUUCCAACCUGCGCCUCCGGUUACCUGUCUCUGACUUUGAUCGCCCAGACGGGCAACGGGCUCAUACUUUACUCUGGGCCGACUGCUGUACCACCUGAUACGAGCGUAUCUGAUUUCUUGGCUCUUGAGCUCCGAGAAGGUUCUCCUGUUCUCUACCUCGACCUCGGCUCUGGGACGAAACGUCUUGAAUUGCCUGACCGUUCGCGUAACUUGGUGGACGGCAAAGCCCACGACCUGGAAAUUAGCUGGAAUCAGCGAUCCGUCCAAAUGAGACUGGGCCAGUGCAGUGAUGGACAGCCGUACUGUUCAGCUUCCUCUGGUUUGGUUGGUUCUAAUGAAUACCUCAACGUCAACGGACCUCUUCAAGUGGGCGGCAUCACUGCCGACCUCCAGAAACUUCGGUUAGCUCUCAAUUGGGGCUCCAUUCCCACCGAUAUUGGUUACUCCGGUUGCAUUCAAAACUUGACCUUCAAUGGCCUCACUUACAACCUCUACGAUCCUGGAUAUUUCAGAAACGCUACACCUUCGUGCGCCGGCGUAGUCUUGCCCGUCCAAACGGGCGGCUUUGGCUGGGAAUUGAUUAUCGCCUUACUUGUUAGCCUUUUAGUCUUGAUGAUUCUCAUCCUGGUGUUUGUGGCGUACCGGCGACGAAACCGCAAAGACAAGCCCAAAGAUUUCCACGACGACAUCCGUGAAAACAUCAUCAACUAUUCUGAUGAAGGUGGCGGCGAAGGAGACAUGACCGGCUACGAUUUGUCCGUUUUGCGGAUGACGCCAGAUGGUAAACCGCUCAUUGGUCGCAGCGACGACUAUGGCAAGUUGCUCAAGGACGAAGAUUUGAGGCCGAAACGCGCAGCUCCUGGACAAGUGCCAGACAUUAGCCAAUUUUUGGACGACAAUAAAGGGCGUGUUGAUCGCGAUCCCGACGGCUUGGCCUAUGACGAUUUACGUCAUUACGCAUAUGAAGGAGAUGGAAAUUCUAUGGGUUCCCUUUCCUCGUUGGCUUCGGGAACGGACGACGGCGAUUUAGAUUUCGAGUGCUUGUCGGACUUUGGUCCGCGUUUUAAGAAAUUGGCCGAUAUGUACGGCGAUCAUUCUAGCGAAAGCGAAGACGGAGAGGACGGACAACAAGGCGGCCAAUCGGGCAGCGAGUCUUGGUGCUGAUUCUACUUUAUAUUAAAAAAAAAGAGCUUAACGAGGCAACUUUUUUUUCCAUCCCCCCCAAUUCCAGUCUCUUUUAUAUUAAAAAAAAAUCGAAAUAGGAAAAAGAAAAAGAAAAGAUGACAAUUAAUCCAAUGACAAAAUGCGUUAAAUCCAACAAGAGAGGACCAAACUGCCCGGCAGUCACAAAAGCGGAUGCUAUGCAACAUUUGUGUUUGUUUUUUUCUUAAUUAUUCGGUGCGUUGUACAAGACGUUGUGUGAUCUCACAGCUCGUGUGUUGGCACUGUUGUUGGAUUUUGUUGUUUGUCUGGACGGAUGUGACCGUUUUGAUGCUCGUCCGUAAUGACCAUCAAUUCCCCUCCCCCCUCUCUCUCUCCCUCGAAAGAAAGUCUUUCUUGAAUAUGACUUGUAUAGAAUUUUCUAAAUGCGUCUGGAACAAAGAGUUUAAAUUGAUUCGUGCCUCGCCGUCAAGAGGAAGAAAAAAAAAAUAAUAGUAACAUUUUUUGGAGUUAUACAGUAGCCUGUAUGUUAAUACAGCUAGUCAUCAGAUUGGUACACCGCGCUGCCCCCCUCCACAACUCUUCCCAAUUGUAAUACAGAAUGAUUUUUGUUUUCUCUCCCUUCUCGAGCAAAUGCCAAUGUUUGUCUGUCGCCAUUUCACUUUAAUAAUCUUUUUUGAUUGAAAACGUGUUCUUUUUUUUUCACGGUCUUUAACUAAUUGAUUCGUUUUGUUAUCUUUACACAAGUUUUUUCACACAACACACAACCAGAUGCCCUUUGAGUGCCUUUCACCUGCACAUGAUUUUUUCGUAUACUCGCGCGCAUUUUCUUGUUCGUGAAGACACAAACAAAAAAAUCCAUUCGACAUUUGUCGAACGUUAUGCCAAUUUUCUUGUAUCUAUUUGCGGAAAAAAAAAUGCAGAAAUAAAAUAAAAAAUCGUGGUGUUGAAAAA